CCCUCUUCUCCAUCUACAUUUUCCUUUCCCUUCUCGUUGGCACUAAGGAGGGAAUCAUAUCAAGAAAAAUUAGAAAAAAAAUUAGAGAGUUAUAAUAUAUAGAUCAAUAAAAAUGGUUGCUGGCAAGGUACUUGUGUCAGUGACCUCUAUUAUUCUUGUCGUUGGUGUCGUUAUUGGCACCAUCGUCUAUGUCAAUAGAUAUCAUGGUGUCAAGGGGGAACAGGACUUGUCACCACACAUGAAGGCCGUAACGCAAAUGUGUUCACCAACAGAUUACAAGGAGGCAUGUGUGAAGAGCUUGAGCUCCGCAAAUAAUACCGACCCGAAAGAGCUCUUCAAGGCUGCGAUCAUGGCCACGGCUGAGGCAGUCAAGAAAUCGCUCAACAUUUCUGACUCGAUUGUGGUUGAUGCCACAAAGGAGCCAAGAAUCAAGAUGGCUGUGGAUGAUUGCAAGGAUUUGAUGGACUUUGCGGUUCAAGAGCUUCAAGCAUCUUUUAGUUCUGUAGGUGAUAGCCAAAUGCACACAAUGCAGGAUCGCGUAGCUGAUCUCAAGAACUGGUUUAGCGCUGUCAUUUCUUACCAACAAUCUUGCUUGGACGGAUUCGAUGAUCCCACAAAGACAGAAUCCAACCAGUCUCACCCAGUUAAGGAUCAAUUGAGUAAUGGUAUGCUUGAUGCAAGCCAAUUGACAAGCAAUGUGUUGGCUAUCGUUGACGGGUUAGCUACCAUUCUUGAGAAAUUCAAUCUCAAGUUCAACAUGCCUAGCUCUAACCGUAGGCUUCUUGAAGCUGAUGGUUACCCAAGCUGGUUCUCCGGUGCUGAUCGUAAAUUGUUGGCUAAGGUUGACAAUAGAGGUAUCAAGCCUAAUGUAGUUGUGGCUAAGGAUGGUAGUGGCCAAUUCAAGACCAUUGGUGCAGCCCUUGCCGCAUAUCCCAAGAACUUAAGGGGUCGUUACAUUAUCUACGUUAAGGCCGGAAUCUAUGACGAGUACAUUACUAUUGAUAAGAAGACAAUGAAUGUGUUUAUGUAUGGUGAUGGACCCAGAAAGACCAUUGUCACUGGAUCCAAGUCUUACAGCAAAGGCUUUGGUACCAUGCAGACUGCCACUUUCUCUGCUGUUGGCGAGGGAUUUAUGGCCAAAUCCAUGGGGUUCCAAAACACAGCAGGUCCACAGGGCCAUCAAGCUGUGGCUCUCCGCGUCCAAUCCGAUAGGUCGGUGUUCUUCAACUGCAGAAUCGACGGACACCAAGACUCGUUGUAUUACCACGCACACAGACAAUUCUAUCGCAACUGCGUCAUCUCUGGCACCAUUGAUUUCAUCUUUGGUUACGGCGCUGCAGUGAUCCAAAACUCAUUGAUCAUCCUAAGAAGACCAAUGGACAACCAAUUCAAUACAGUGACCGCAGACGGCAGGGCUGAGAGGCACUUGGCCACCGGACUUGUGAUCCAUAAUUGCAGAAUCGUCCCAGAGCAGAAACUAACUAGUGACAGGUUCAAGAUCCCAUCGUACUUGGGCAGGCCAUGGAAGGAGUACUCUAGGACUGUUAUCAUGGAGUCUACCAUAGGUGAUGCCAUCAAGCCAGAAGGAUGGUUUCCAUGGGCAGGAAACUUUGCUCUUGAUACUCUUUACUAUGCUGAGUAUGCAAACCGUGGGCCUGGUGCCAGGCUGGAUAGGAGAGUGAGGUGGAAGGGAUUCCGUGGAGCCAUUCCUAGAAGCGAAGCUCUUCAGUUCACCGUUGAUGCUUUUAUUCAAGGAAAUCAAUGGAUCAGGGGAUCCGGAGUUCCUAUGUUGGCUGGGUUGAAACGUUGAGGAUUAAUUAAUUAAUUAAAAAUGUUUUAUUAAUCCUCUGGUUUUUUUCCUGGUCGUAUAAGAUCCUCCUCUCUCUGUCUUGAUUGCAUGAUAUGUGAUUUUGCUAUCCAUGCAAGAAUAUAUAUAGCUAUA